UCCUGGUUCUGUGCUGCCGCUGGUCGCCCCGCCCUCCGCGGGGACAUUAGUGCCAGGCAGGGAAACAGGGUCUGGAAUUGCACCUACAACCCUCCUCCAUGUCUAGAGCUAUUGUCGGUUCAGAGGAGGGAGGACGGUCUGGAGCGGGUCCGAGGGGAGAAUAGUACGGUCUGAAGCGGGUCUGACCCGGUUUGAAGAGAGGGAGGCAAAGUUUGCUUCGGUUCGGUUCACGUUUCUGUAGUUUGGUCAUCAGUCAUGUUCAGGUAGAGGCUAGUUCCACGGCGCUCAACAUGCUUAAGCGUCUGGACAAGAUCCGGUUCCGGGGCCAGAGACGGGAUGACUUCCUGGAUCUGGCGGAUUCGCCCAACACAUCUGACACAGAAUGCACCGAGGAGGUCAUGAUGAAACCUCGCCUCUCUUCCAGAGACUCCGAGGAGCUGAGGGAAGUGGAGGGAGAGCAGCAGAGUGACCCUCAGGCCGGUCAAGGAUCCUUUUCUGCAGCUCUCCAAGAUGACCCCAGGACAGAUUUGAAUGAGGUCAAAGGGCACCUAGAAAUUGCCUUGUUGGAAAAACAUUUCUUACAUGAGGAGCUGAGGAAAUUUAAGGAGGAGUCCAACGUAGAUGCAUUGAGACUGGAACUGGAGAAGGAGCGCUGCAGGCGGAUUGAGUUGGAGCAGAAGAUCAAUGACGUCCUUAAAUCCAGACCUGAUGACUCGCCUUGUCUGACACCUAAAGCCCCGCCCCCUCCUCCACCUUCAGGCAGCGGCACAGACAAACAGAAGGACACUUUGUCCAAUAGUUUCCUGAAAUGGCUUCAUGACCGUUUUGGGGUUUAUGUAGAAGACUUCCGUUUCCAGCCGGAGGAGACAACAGUGGAGACGGAGGAGCCGCUGAGUGCCAAGAGGUUGACAGAAAACAUGAGACGUCUCAAACGGGGAUUUAAACCAGUGACCAACUUCAAGAGGAACCUUACCGCCUUAUCCAGCUGGUACUCCAUCUACACGUCAGCCAUCGCUUUCAUUGUCUACAUGUAUGCAGCGUGGCAUGGCUGGGCCAUCCCCAUGUUCCUGUUCCUCGCCAUCCUCCGGCUGUCCUUAAAUUACCUCAUUGCCAGAGGCUGGAGGAUCCAGUGGAGCAUCGUACCUGAAGUCUCAGAGCAAGUGGAGCCUCCUAAAGAAGACCUGACUGUGUCUGAGAAGUUCCAGCUGGUUCUGGACGUUGCUCAGAAAGCACAGAAUCUGUUUGGGAGGAUGGCCAACAUUCUGGAGAAAAUAAAGAAUUUGUUCAUGUGGGUGCAGCCAGAGUUAACUCAGAAGCUGUAUGUUGGUCUAUGGGUGGCCUUCGUCUCUUCCUGCCUGCUGCCAUACAAACUGCUGGGAUUCAUCAUAGCCGUGUAUGCAGGUAUAAAGUUCUUCAUCAUCGACUUCAUCUUAAAGAGCUCCCCCAAGCUGAGGCAGCGUUUCGACACCCCCUACAUAAUCUGGACCAACUUGCCCACCGACCUGCAGCUGAAGGAGCGCAGCGGCACCACCCUGAACAGACGGGUUACUGCUGCAGGGGGUCGAGGCAGCCUCAGUGCUGCAGCCCCAUCAGGUGUGAGCAGAGACGAGGACGGAGGACGAUACUACAGCACCAAGAGAGGAGCUUUCCACGAUGUCUUCAACCUGCCGGAGAGUGAGCGCCCUCUGACAACGUGUGAGAACGGCUGGCGCUGCUGCCUCAUCAACAGAGACAAGAAGACGCCGACAGACUACAUCCGCAACGGUGUCCUCUACGUCACUGAGAAUCAUCUGUGUUUCGAGAGCUCCAGCUCCAGGUCUGGAUCAACCAAGAAGAACAAAGUCAUCAAACUGCUCGACAUUAAAGAACUCCAGAAGUACAAAGUUUUGUCAGUGCUGCCUGGAUCUGGGAUGGGCAUCUCCAUAGCAACACCAUCGACCCAAAAGCCGAUGGUGUUCGGUGCGAUGAUGCACAGAGACGAAGCCUUCGACGCCAUCUCCACUCAGCACAUCAAGAUCUUGUCCGUGUCUACAGCCACCAGCCCAGAGACGUAGUAACACCUUCACAAGAUGGCUGCCUUCAAACAAACACUGGAUCUGUUUCACUUUUUCCACUAGGGACGUACGUAAACAGCUGCUGACUCCAGUUUGAGCUGCUGGUCUGAUUUCUUUACGGUCAGCAUCACCUCAUCAGUGGUCGAGCUGAAGAAGUCAGUAUCUUUACAUUAGUGAUUGGUAGGAAAUUAGGUAUUUCAAAUUUAUGUUUCCAAUUACAUGUCAGAUUGAUUAGGAUUACAAAUCACAAUUGUCAAACAAUUAUACAUAAAGUUCCCACAAAAGACAUCAUGAUAUGUCUAAUUGUAAAUCAAAGUAUAAUCUGAAAUUCAAAUGAAGUGCACAAACAUAUAUAGGCUUGUUUAAGAACAUGGGGGAGGGUGGGGGUUACCUGUACUAUAAUCAAAGCACUAGUUACUUGUUAUUUUCUGUUGCAUGCACUUUUUUUUCAAUUGCUGUUAAAAUGUUCCCAAUGAAAUGCAGCCCUUUCUAUUUCAAAUAAUCCCUCAGUAACUUGGUAUCCCUUUUAAUCAACAAAUAUCUGCAGGGAAACUAUUUUGUUCACACUGUAAAAUCGAUGGUUUACAAUUUAAGCGAAGUUCUGCAUUUGGAUUUUAUCUGAUGAAGCAGUUGGUUUCAUCUCCAGCCCAUCAGUCAUCUGUGUCAUGUCAUUUCAUUUUAUUUCCAUCCUGGUGUACUGCACUGGAAAGCUGCACAUACAUGUUUGGCCUUAUGAAAGAAAUAAGGCCCAUACCAGUGAUUUUAGAGAAUUUCUGGCCUUUCAUGAUUAGCGUUUAGCAUUUACUCUUUGAUUCGUACAAAGAUGCCAAGUGGGUAAGAUCUGUGGUACGACCCACGAACAGCCUUUCUUCACAGUGGAAAACAAAAAUCGAGCUUAGUGAUGAAAAAACUUGAGCAAACGUGUGAUAAGAACAAUUUAAAAGGACAGAACCAAUCUUUGAGGAGAAUGUAUUUAUAUUUUUCAGGGGCCAUGUCCCAUCUGCUAACAUGGAGAAGGCUGGGUUUAUGACCGUUACGACCUUUAUCUCAAUUUGUCGAUUCGUCCCUCUUUAAAUACAGUCUAUGUUCGUCCCCUUGACCAGCCUAUAUAUUAGUCACAAUUUCUAAUUGUUUCAGUGAAUCUGGCUUCCAACAUUCUAAUUUAAUAAAUAAGAAUUUUAGUAUUAAAUAUAAAUGUCUGCAUGAGGCCCAUUGUGUUUGUGCCGAUAUUUUUACUGAGAAGAAAAUCCACAGCAUUUUUUUGUACUGAAAUCAUUACUGAAAUGAUAACUGUCAAUUUACUGAACAAAGUUUAUCGGAAAAUAUGUCUAAACCUCAUUCAAUUUCAUCAUUUGUGUCUUCAGGGAAUGAAAUGAUUGUUGUACUUUACAGCAGCCUUCUAAUCACUUAUUACUACAGUGUGUUUUUAUGUGGUGGUUGGAGACAGUUACUCUAUGUAACGUAAAUGUUUUAUAACCAAUUCUAACAUUUAAUGUAAAGGAGAGAAUUAACCUCAGCUUUUAUGUUUUUUGUUUUAGCUUAAAGUUCAUAUGUUGUAAUCGGAUACAACCAAGUCUUAUCCAAUAAGCUGAGAGGUAUUAGCAACUUGAAAAAUUUUACUUGUAUAUUUGACCUAACUAGUUGUUUAAGGAUUGCUAAUCGGCUAAGGGCUUAACAAUUUCAAACAAUGUGAAUAUCUGGAAUGCAAGUUUUUAUUGAUCACAGCACUUGACUUUUGGCUUUAACUUCCAUCAUAACCUGAUGCUGAUCGACAUUUCUUCUGUGCAGUUAAGCUCCUGUUUCAAAAUCAGCUUUUUUUCACCGUCAACCUAAUUGGCCUAAGCUAAACAAGCUAAAGCAACACAAUCAUGUGCUCACCUCUCUGCACUAACUGAAAAAUCAAUUUUUUUGCAGAUUAAUGAAAUGUUUCCUAAUAUGUCAAAGUGCAAGAACAUUUUAAAAUGUCACUGUCCUUGCCGAUCACUGCCGAUCUUAAACUGUGGUUUUCUGUUUUCUGAACAAAAUGUGCGAAGUGUCAGUGAAAUUUAAUUUCAAUUCUUGUACUGACAAUCAUUGUCGUUAUCGUUUCCUGUGUGCCAAUUAUUUUUUCAGUCAAGUAAUUGCUUGGUCCACAAAACAUUAGAAACAUUGCAAUGGUUUUGGGAUCCAAAAAACUGAAAAAUGGCUCAAUUGAUGAUCUGGAAACUGUGCUUGAGUAAAGAUAAAUACCAAUUUGCCAUUGUUGAUAAUCUGUCAAUUGACAUAUCAAUUAUUCUGCUAGAAAUAGAAUCAUUCAAAAUCAAGGAGCUUUUUUACCACAAAAUAAAAAAAAAGCCAAAUUACAUUUUUUUUCUCAUAAGGAGGCAGUUUCAUAUAUAAAAGUUUCAACAGUAAAAUAAGGUUUUUAUACAUAGUCUCACUCUGGCAGUUUUUGGUGUGAUCAGGGCGAAGCUCUUUCAUUGCCAAGUAUUUUUCUAUCUUGUUUAUCUUAAAUGUUUUCCCAGUCUUCCUUUUUGCAAUAUGUUAACUGUGUUGCGUCAUUUAAUCUGUCUCCACUAUCUUACCUAUAACUCUUAUAGUUUUUUCUUCAGUUUAGGUUAAUAUAUGUCAAUCUGUUGAGUUGUAAGGGUUUUAUAAAGUGCUUUUAUUGUACAAAUAGCUGUAAAGUUUUUAAAUGAAAUGAUAUUUGUUAUUAAAAUGUGAUGUACAUUUCUUUUCUAAUUUAAGUAAAAUCAAACACUAAACACUGA